AAGUGAGGGAAGAAGAAGUUAUUUCUCCAAACCCAAGAAAGAAAAAGUGACGAGAGAAGUUUUGGAAUCCUCGUUGCCUUCGAAGUGUUUGUUAAAAUGCCCCAAUCAGUUUCUUGGCUUACCAGUUCUUACCCUUCAUUGAAUUCCCCAUUUGCUAAAAUUUCGGCGCCUCCCCCUUUCACCUUCCCAUGAAAAUUGCAAAUCGAGAUGCAGAAGGUGGAUAUAAAUUUGGGGUCUCCAUCAUUAACAUUUCCUUUUGGGGAGAUAUUGAAUCGACAACCAAACAGCCCUUCUUUCCCUUUUAAGAAGCUCUUCCGUCGCCUCUCUUCCCUCUCCGCCUGACCUUUCAAUGGAAGUCUCAGCCGAUGAUCGUUUCGAUUUUGGGAAGAUGGGCUAUGGAUGCAAGCAUUAUCGCAGGAGAUGUAAGAUUCGAGCCCCAUGUUGUAAUGAAAUCUACCCCUGUCGCCAUUGCCAUAACGAAGCAACGAGUGUGAUGACCAGACCCUUUGAUCGUCAUGAACUCAACCGUUUCGAUGUUAAACAAGUCGUCUGUGCGGUUUGUGACACGGAGCAGCCAGUUGCUCGAGUUUGUACGAAUUGUGGUGUUAAUAUGGGAGAGUAUUUCUGUGAAAUAUGCAAAUUCUAUGAUGAUGAUAUUGAGAAGGGGCAGUUCCACUGUGAGGAUUGUGGGAUUUGUAGGGUUGGUGGUCAAGAAAACUAUUUUCAUUGCAAGAAGUGUGGAUCAUGUUACUCCGUAAAUUUGCGUGACAAUCAUUCGUGUAUCGAGAACUCUAUGCAGCACCACUGUCCAAUAUGUUAUGAGUAUCUCUUUGACUCGCUGAAAGACGUUGCUGUUAUGAAAUGUGGACACACGAUGCAUCGCGAAUGUUACUUCGAGAUGAUAAUACGUGAGAAAUACUGUUGUCCAAUUUGCUCUAAGUCGGUUAUCGACAUGUCCAAAGCGUGGAAACAAUUAGACGAGGAGAUUGAAGCAACAGUCAUGCCGGAGGAAUAUCGUGACAAAAAGGUAUGGAUUUUGUGCAACGACUGCAACGACACGACUGAAGUGUGCUUUCACAUAAUCGGGCAGAAAUGCAACCACUGCCAAUCGUACAACACGCGUGCCAUAGCUCCUCCAGUUCUACCACAGUGAUAGAGAUCAUCAUCAUCAUCAUCAUAUGUUAAGGAGGGUUUGGUUGGUUGGGUGGGUUCUGUAUCAGUUAUAUAUAUAUAUAUAUAUGUAUAACUCCCAUUAAUAUCACUUCAAAGAUUGCAUUUCUGAGUAAUUGGGUUGUGGAAUCUUGGAAACUGUUGUUUUUUCAGGUUGUUAAUUCUUCUUCCUCCAUUGGUGGGAUCUUAAAGAAACCCAGGUAUAAUGAAUUUGUGACCAUAUAAUAUACUAACUUUGGAGUGAAUACCUUUAUUUUCCAUUGUUC